AUCGAUUCCCACGAUGAAGAAGAUCGUCUAUCUUAUUCUUCUUGCGUCUGCUAUAGCUCAGCAGACAUCCGAGACAAUAACCACAGCACCUGCAACCCCCACCGCGGGCAUUCUUCGCCCCUCCAGCGGAGAAACCAUCACCGUAGGCCAGCCGUACACUGUUCGCUGGACCCCUCCGCCUCCUGAAGCAGGGCCUCUGGCCAUCGAGCUAUUUGGAUGGGUUAACAGGAUCUCCCAGAUCCUCCCAAACACAACGAGCUGUGAUGGAUGGUUAAUAAACACGCAAUGCGACAAGCUCGAUGUGAAUAUCUCCAGCGGAUCAACCAGUUACGUCUGGGAUCUCUCGAAACCGGAUGACGAUGAUAGAUACAGGCUUCCGUAUGAAGAAAUGUCGCUCCGGAUGGGUAUUUACGAGGAUAAUCUUUCGCGCGGGGAUUUGCCUAGGGCUGAUGCGCCGUGGUAUUUGAGUGCCUCGUUUGCACUUGCGAGGGAGACUACAACUAGGACAGCUUCUACUACAACAACUACAACUGCAUCUACAACUACAACCUCAACAGGACCUGAGGCAACGGAUGGCGCGGACUCGAGUGACGAUAGUGCUACCCCGACUGAUGCUGCUGUGCUUGUUAGUCCUCAGAUGUGGACUGUAGUGACCGCAGUAGGCGCGUGGACUUUUCUCAGUUGGUGAUUCGGUUUAGCCAGACGGUUUCCUAUACUAGUAAUUAUAAUGCACGUAUUCAAAACGACUUGAAGCUCAGGAA